GCUAUUCUUCUCCACCUCUCCCUCGUCCUCACCUUUCCCCUCAUCCCCACCUUUCCCCUCAUCCCCACCUCUCCCCUCAUCCCCACAUCUCCCCUCGUUCCUGCCUGCCUCUCCCCUCCAUGCAGACGGCGGGGUGGUCGUUCAACCAUUCCUGCAACCCGCACAAGCUCCUGCCGCUGGUUACCACACGGCUGGUUACCACCCAGCUGGUUACACGCCUGGCUCGGAGUGGGGCAGUGGGGGGGAGGCAGUGUGGGGGCAGUCUGCCUUUGGCGGGCAGCCCCACUUUUCUCCCAUCUUUUACCAACCUUUUCCACUGCAGCCCCACCUUUCUCCCAUCUCUCCCCGUCGCCCUCCCUGCCAACACCCCCCCCCUCUCCCUCCCUCUCCCCCCAACCCCCCUCAAUGCGGCUCUUGCAGCAGCAGGUUUGGAGUCGGACGGUGCUGCCCGCCUUUCAUCUGCUGCUGCUGAUACCGCUGCUGGGGCUGCCUCUGAAUCGGUGAAGGAGAGGAGGCGCACGAUCAAAAUCAAAGGCGGCGCUCAGCGGAAGGUUCUCGUGUUGGUUUCACCUGAAAAACCACCUGAAGUUCCUGCGUCGCAAGCAGAGUCAGCUACAGUGCGGAGUGACUCAGCUGCAGUGCAGAGUGGAUCAACUACAGUGGCUUUAGGGAGUGAAACGGUGCCGCGAAAGCCAAAGAGAGUUAUUAUUAUCUCACGCAAGAAACGGGAUGCUGCUGCUGCUGCUGUAAAGGAUAGUUCCGGUGUUGCUGCUGGUGUUGCUGCUGCUGCAGCUGCUGGUGUUGCUGCUGGUGCUGCUGCUGGUGUUGCUGCUGGUGUUGCUGCUGCAGCUGCUGGUGUUGCUGCUGCAGCUGCUGCUGGCGCUGCGGCUGGUACUGCUGCUGCUAGUGAUGCUGGUGAUGGUGCUGGUGCCGCUGGUGCCACUGGUGGUGCUGGUGGUAGCAUUGUCCGUUCAGGCCACAAGGCAGUGCAUGGGGAAGGGGAUCCCACCAGUGCACUGGCGGCGAGAGGGAAGCAUGAAGGCGGUGGGGAGGGUGGUGUUGGUGGGGAGGAUGAUGUGGGAGGAGGUGGUGUGGGUGGGCCGGGAGGGAAGGUUGGAGUGAAGGUGAAGAUCAAGCGUAGAGUGAAAGUGAAGCUUCCUGAAGGGAAGAAGGUAGUAGGUGUGAGUGAAGGGGGGCGUGGCGAGAAGGGGAAGGAUGGUGAAGCUGAGAUACGACGGACGGGAGGGCAGGCAGGAGGGGACGAGGAUGGAGGGGAGCGGAAGGAGGGAGAAAAGAAAGAAAAGGAAGGGGAGAGAAAGGAGGGAGGAAACAGAGAAACGGGAGCGGAAGGAGGCGAGAGUGGGAAGAGAGGCAAGAGGGAAGAGAUGGGGGAGGGAGGGGAGGGAGGGUUGGCAGAGGGAAAGGCGGAAGAAGCAAAUAAACGGGAGAGAGUGGAGAAGGGGAAGGGUCCGAGGAGAGAGGAGGUGGAAGAGGAGAGGGGAGAGGAAGGGAGAGGAGGAACGAGCGAGAAAAAGGGGGAGGAUGAGAAGGAAAGGAGGCGGGCGGAGGGAGAAAAAGGGGGGCUACUAAAGGCUGUACCUGCAAAGAGGGGGAGACCUGUUGGUGGGUCCAAGGCUGCUGCCGCUGCUAUUGCCGCCGCUGCUGCUGCUGCUGCUGCUGCUGCUGCUGCUGCUGCUGCUGCUGCUGCUGCUGCUGUAGCAGCAGAGGCCGCCAGUAACACUGAUGCUGCUGGUGCUGGUGCUGCUGUUGGUGGUGCUGAGGGUGUUGGUGUGGCGUGUGGAGGGGUGGAUCCUGGGAAGGCGGCACCUGAUGAGAGGCUGACAGCAGCACGCAAGGACAAGGCGCUUCUGGCUGCUGGGGCGGGGCGAGAAACGGUUGGAAGGGGUGAUAUCGAAGGAGAGAAGGACAGAGGAAAGAAGCAUGCAGAGAUGGUUGGAGGAGUGAAGGAUGGAGGAGGAGUGAAGGAUGGAGGAGAAGACUUCGAGGAGGCAAAGGCUGGGGAGACUGCUAAGGGGGGAGAGAGGCCAGGGGGAGAGAUGCCAGGGGGAGAGAUGCCAGGGGGAGAGAGGUCUCGGAAGGGAGAGAGGGUGGGAGGAGGGGGAAGGGAGGAUGGGGUUGGUGAGAGAGAGAGGGAACGUCAUAGGGAGGGGAGGAGGAGGAAGAAACGUGAGAAGGAGAGAGGUGAGUUGGUGGGGAAGAGGGGGGAGAGAGUGAGAGCGGGAGAAGGGGAGGAGACGGAUGGAAAGAAUAGUGUUGUGGCAGAGAGGCAUGUGGCAGAGAGGCAUGUGGCAGAGAGGCAUGUGGCAGAGAGGCAUGUGGCAGAGAGGCAUGUGGCAGAGAGGCAUGUGGAUGAGGUCGAAGAGGGGGGCGCGAGGGAAGACGGAGGAGUGGGUGCAGCGGUGGGCGAGGGAGUAGAUGGGGGAGGAGAGGGCUCCAUGGGGGAGAAGGGUGAGACUCAGAGGGAGAGUGAGAUGGAGGGGAGGCGACAUGGGGGCAGGGCGAGGAAGAGGAGUGGUGAGGAGGUGGCGAGGAGGGAAAGGAGAGAGGGAGGGAGGGGUGACGAGUUGGAACUGCAGGUGCAGGUGAAGGAAGAGAAGGGAGGGAAGGAGAAGCGGCAUGAGGAGAGGGGGAGAGAGAAGAGGGGAGGGGACGAUGGUGUUGUAAGGAGGGGAAAAGGGGAUGAAAGGAAGAGACGCGGGGAUGGUCGGGAGGAGGAGGCAAGGGAGGAGGAGGAUAAGGAGGACGAGGAGGAGAGCAGAAAAGGGGAGGGGGCAGAAAGGAUUUCGGCAAGAGCAAGAGCAGCGGGAGUGCACGAGAAGGCUGGAGAGGAGGGGAUGAAGCGGGUGGGUGGUGAUGAGACAGGCAGAUAUGAGCAGGAGGAGGAGGGAGAGAGAGGGGACACGGAAAGAGGGAUUGCAAGAGAGGACAAGGAGAGAGGGGAGAGAGGGAGAAGAGGGAGGAAGGGGAGGGAGGCGAGUGAGGGCGGGGAGGGGAGUGUGUGGUGCGGGCUGUGUGGGGGAGAGGAGGAGCAGGGCAGUGCGAGAGGUGCUCGCCUGGUGCCGUGCCCCCAGUGUGGUCGCAGCUUCCACCGCCACUGCCUGCUGGGAAUGGCUCACAACAGAGGUACGUCUGCCUGCUGGGAAUGGCUCACAACAGAGGUACGUCUGCCUGCUGGGAAUGGCUCACAACAGAGGUACGUCUGCCUGCUGGGAAUGGCUCACAACAGAGGUACGUCUGCCUGCUGGGAAUGGCUCACAACAGAGGUACGUCUGCCUGCUGGGAAUGGCUCACAACAGAGGUACGUCUGCCUGCUGGGAAUGGCUCACAACAGAGGCAACCUGGACUGGCGGGACUGGGUGUGCCCGGGGUGCAUUCGCUGUGAGGCCUGCCAGCGCUACGGGGAGCCGUCGUCCAUCCUGUGCUGCUAUCGCUGUGACAGGGGCUACCAUGCGGCAUGCACUCAGCUGCACACCAAGUCGCCCUUCAAGGGCCCCUUCCUGUGUCCCAGGCACACGCAGUGCCACAGCUGCGGCUCCAAAGUGCCUGGCAGUGGCACGUCCUCGCGGUGGUUCUUCAACUACAUGCUGUGUGACGCCUGUGGCCGCCUCUUCGUCAAGAAGAAGCACUGCCCCGUCUGCCUCAGGGUGUAUCGGGUCUCAGAGCCAACGCCAAUGGUGUGUUGUGACAAAUGCGAGCACUGGGUGCAUUGCGCGUGUGACAAUAUCAGCGAUGAGCAGUACAUGCAGUAUCAGACGAACUCACAUCUCUCCUAUACAUGCCCUGCCUGCCUGGGCCACGCUCCUAGUGUCGCAACAGCAGCAGAGGCCACUCAAGAGCUCUGGUCUCGAUUCAAACGCCGUGUGGAGCAAAGCAAGGGAGGAGCAAAGGCAGGAGGGGAGGGGGCAGCAGGCGAGGCGGAGGAGAGCACUUGGUCUCGAAAGAGGGGGCAGAGGAAGAGGGGAAUGGCCUCGCUUCAUGCGAGGGAGGAGCAGCAGGAAGGGGAUGCGGACCGGGAGGGGAGAGGAGAGGGGGAAGGUGGAGGUGGGGAGGGCAGAGGAGAUGGGCAUGAGGGAGCUGAUCAGGACGAGGAGGAGGGCAGGGAAAAAGCUCCUCCUCCAUUUUCGGAGAGUGAGGGAGAGGAGAGUGGGGGGGAACGGGGAGGAGGGUUGGGUGGUGGUGAUGGUGUUGGUAGGAAGGGAAGGAGGGUGGGGGUGGGGUAUGUUGCAGGGACUUUUGGAAAGGAGAAAGGGGGGGGAGAAGAGGGUUUAGGGAAGAGGAAGAGGAGGAAGGUGGUAGGGGAGGAGGAGGAGGUGGGGGAAGGGGAGGGGGGAGGGGAGAGGAAGAGGAGGAGAUGGAAGAGUGGCAAGGUAGAGGAGGAGGAACAGGUGGGGGAGGGGGAGGAAGGGGGUGAGGGAAGAGGGGAGGAGGGGAUUCGAGUGAGGAUAAGGCUGAAGAGGAAGAGAGGCGAAGGUGUGAGGGUGGAGGAGCAGGAGGGGCGACAUGAGGGGGAGAGGAGGGGCGAGGGGAGGGAGAGGAGGAAGAGGAAGGGAGAGCAUGAGGAAGCAAAAGAAAGGGGCGAAAAGGGGGAGAAGGAUGGUUCGGCAAAGGAGGAGAAAAGAUACGAUGAGAGAAGUAUGAAGGGACGAGAUACAGCAGAGAAGGCUGAGGAGUUGGGAGAGAGGAAAGGAGGGGACGCAAGAGAGGGCGAUGAUUUGCAUGCAGAGGUGACAAGGAGCAAGAGGAGGAGGAAGGGAGGGCAGGAGGAUGAGGGGAGGGAGGGGGGCAAGGGAAGGCAGAGGAGGGAGGGAGAGGAGGUGGAGGAGGCAAGGAGAGGAAAGAGUAGUGUGAGUGGUGUGAUGCAAAAGGGGGUUGAGGAGAGGAGUGAACGACACUUGCAAGAGGAGGGUGAUGAGGGGAGGGGCGGGGGUGUGGAUGGGUUUACCAAGGAGGGUGGAGCACCAAAGUGUGAGGGGCAGAGGAAAAGGCAAAGGGAGGUGCAGAGGGAAGCAGAGGAGGAGGAAGAGUGUAAGGAUAACAAGGGAGACAGGGGAAAGGAGGUGGAUGGUGAGGGGAAGGAGGUGGAUGGUGAGGGGAAGGAGGUGGAUGGUGAGGGGAAGGAGGUGGAUGGUGAGGGGAAAAGGCAAGCCGGGGAGACGCACGGGAGUGGUGUUGGUACAGAGGGUCUGGGUCUUGAAGCGCCUCAAACGCGGUCUCAGGAAGAGAAACAAACACAUGGGGGUGGCAGUACAGGGGGUUUGGCGGGCUUGGAUGUUCUUAUAGGGGGGGCGGGCAGGGGGGGGGCUGCAGGUAGCAAUAGUGGGAGGGGGAGGGGCGAAGGAGGGAGGAGUGUUGGGGGAGGUAAGGAAGGGAAAGAGGAUGGGAAGGGGGGUGGGAAGGGGGAUAGCGUGGGAGAUGUGGGAGGGAAGAGGGAGGAGAGUGGGGAUGGAGAUGGGGAGGGGGCGGCAGGCAAGGAUGGGCCCAGAAGGAGGAGGGCUUUGGAGGCGUCUGUCACGGCUGGCAGGCAGGAGGCAGAUGGCAGGCAGCAGCUAGCAGCAGCUGCGGUCGGUGCUUCUGCAAGUGCUGCUGGGACUGGUGGUGCUGGUGAUGGUAGUGCUACUUCUGCUGGUGUUGGCGGUGCUAGUGUUGGUGGUUCUGGCGGUGCUCCUGGUGCUGGUGCUCCUGGUGCUGGUGCUCCUGGUGCUGGUGGUGCUGGUGAUGGAGGGGUGAGGGGGUUGAAGCUCAUGAUUCGCAAGUCGCAUGGGACGGGAGGAAUGGGAGGGAAGGGCAGGGAUGAAGACAACAGACCAAGCGGGUAG